AUGGCAUUGUCCCUUCCUCGCGGGCUGGGCCCAGUGAGACUCCUGAUCGUCUCUGUCGUCCUUGUCUCUCUCCUGCUAUUCCGCUCUUACUACCUCCCUGACCCCGACGCAGAGUCUGGAAGCGGCCUGGCCUCGUCGCCAGGACCUUGGUGGAGGAGCCAAAGCUCAAGUACACUCCCUGAGGACACCGACGUCGACCUCGAAGAUGGUUACUACGAAUUCGACGACGACCCGGCCUCCCCCUCAGCAGUCGACGGUCCCGUGGCGGCGGACUUUGAGCAAGAACCAGAAGGAAAGACAGAUGAAGAGGCAGAGCCUGAGCCUGAGCCUGAGCCGAAAACCGGGCCAACCUACGCCUCGGGACCGACGGUGCCUGCUCCCGCCUCUGCUCCCGCCUCUGCUCCUGUACACGCUUUCGAGCCCCAUAUCCCAGCGUGUCGCCAGCUACCAGGCGCAGACAAAGUUGUGGUAAUGGUCAAGACUGGCGCUACGGAAGUAUUUGUCCGGGUGCCUGAGCUACUCGUCACCCUUGCAGAAUGCGCACCCAACUUCAUGAUCUUUUCCGACAUGGAGCAACACAUCGGAGAGUUCCACAUUCAAGACGCUUUAGACGAGAUCGGGCAAGAGUACAAGGAGAGUCACGAGGACUUCCAAUUCUACAACGCCAUCCGUGCCGCCCAUCAUGCACACGGCGAUGUGAGUGUGCUCGGAUCCGACAAAGCCUGGGCCUUGGACAAGUGGAAGAAUAUCCCCAUGCUCCACAAGGCGUACUUGAAAUAUCCCGAUGCCGAAUGGUUCAUCACCAUAGACGCCGAUACAUAUCUCAGCUGGGCCAAUCUACUUCUCUUGCUCGACCGCAUGGAUCCGGAGGACCCGCUCUACGCAGGCUGUGUCUAUUGGCAUGGCCCAACCGCAUUCGCUCAAGGCGGCACUGGCUACCUACUCUCCCGCAAGGCUGUUCAACGAUUUGAAGCUAUCCGAACGCCUGAGAAGAUUGCUGACUGGGAGAAGGAGACGUCCACAAUCUGCUGCGGUGAUGUUAUGCUUGGGGUUGCAAUGGGCCAUGCCGGAGUCUCAGUUAGCGGUGCUUGGCCGAUGUUCCAAGUUGACCCCCCGUCAGGCUAUCUCUGGGGAGAUCGCACGUGGUGCACACCGGCCAUUACCUGGCAUCAUGUUCACUCAUACGAGGUUGAAGCCCUCUGGCAAUUCGAGCAGGAGUGGCUCAACAAGACUUGGGAUGACGAAGACCCUGGUGCGGUUCCGUACCUGUUCAAGGACGUCUUCGAAGACUUCGUCAUGCCACACAUCUCGGAGAAAAAGAAAGACUGGAACAAUGGCUCCGGGGACAAGACAUUCACAGAGCCGAAAGAAGGUCACGUCAAGGAAGACGCUGAUUGGGACUGGAAGAAUGACGAAGAGAAACAGAAGAUGUGGGAUGAUCUCUCCGAGCUCGAGAAGGGGUCGGUUGAGUCGGCCGACAAGUGUCGUGAGGUGUGCGACUCCGAUCCAGAAUGCGUACAGUUCUCCUGGCAUCCCGGGACUUGUAAGCUGAGCCAUUCCAUAAAAAUGGGCCGCCCUGUCGAUGGCAAAGAAGAAUACAUCUCGGGAUGGAUGCUUGAGCGGGUCGAGGAAUUCAAGAACGCGAGAGAAGAGUGUGGUGAAAUCUCGUGGCAAAUCGGCUGA